AUGCUCGUCAAACUUGACAACCCAAAGUCGGCAGCGGCCAGUUCUAUGCUGCUCCGCCUAGUGAGCCAGAACGUCCGGUAUGCAACGACAAACCCCACUCCCAACGAGAAACCAUGGAGCUUUCGGGGUCCGAAACUCUGCAACCAGCUGGACUUCCUCACGACUGGCCAUGAGUCAGCAUUUAUCUGUCUUCAAGAAGUCCUCUACUCUCAACUUGAAGACAUCCAGUCUUACCUCGGUCCUGCCUGGGGACAUAUAGGUCUUGGUCGUGAUGAUGGCAAACGAGGUGGCGAAUUUUCACCAGUCUUCUACCAGGUUGAACGUUGGCAUUGCGAGCGGAAUGAAACUCUUUGGUUGAGCGAGACACCAGAAAAGCCAUCUAGAGGAUGGGAUGCCGUACUGAACCGUGUGGUUACCGUUGGGGAGUUUCUCGAUAAACAAACAGACUCGCGUGUCGUUGUCAUGAGUACACAUUUCGACCACCGAGGUGUUGUGGCUCGAGAGGAAAGCGCCAAACUACUUCUCAACGUUGCUCGAGAGUGGAGCAAGGGAGCAAACGGAAAACCUCCGACAACCGUCCUGCUUGCGGGUGACUUCAACAGUACCCCGGAUGACAAUGCCUAUAAGACAAUGGUGGCACCGGAGUCAGGCAUGGUCGAUGUCUCAACUCAGGUUUCUAAAGCGAAGCGAUACGGAAACAAUAUCACGUACACAUCGUUUGACGAGCCGGACGAGGAACCGAAGAGGAUCGACUUUUUGUUUGUGAAGGAUCCGAGCCCGGCGACCAUCAAGACAUUUGGCGUGCUAUCGAACAAAUUCGAUGACGGUGUUUAUCUGUCUGAUCAUAGGCCGGUUGUUGCCGACAUUGAGAUUCCUGUCUUACGAGCGGCCAGCAAUAUCUUCUGA